AUGAAAUUCUUAAUUGUUUUCGCUUUGGCCUUGGCCACAGCCUCGGCUUUCCCUGGUGCCUCCAUUGAACCCCGUGAUAUCUUCGUUGAUACCGAGGGUCGUAUUACCAAUGGUCAUGAAGCCUCUGUUGGUCAAUUCCCCUAUCAAGUUGGUCUAUCCUUGAAAGUAAGUUCCACUGCCUCAUCCUGGUGUGGUGGUUCUUUGAUUGGUCACCAUUGGGUUUUGACUGCUGCUCACUGUACUGAUGGUAUCUCCUCCGUUACUGUCUACUUGGGUGCCACCGAACGUACCUCUGCCGAAGUCACCCACACCGUUACCAAGUCGGACAUUAUCAUCCAUCCCCAUUGGAAUAGCCGUAGCUUGAAGAAUGACAUCUCCUUGAUCAAGAUCCCCUCAGUCUCGUACACCAGCAGAAUUAAGGCCGUUGAAUUGCCCAAAAUUGCCAACUCUUACUCCAAAUAUGAGGGUGAUACUGUUGUUGCUUCCGGUUGGGGCCGUAUCUCGGACUCUUCCUCCAGUGUUACCAACCAUUUGAGAUAUGCCGAUAUGAAAGUUAUCAGCAACACUGAAUGCAAGAAGACCUUCGGUAACACCAUCACAGAAUCGAACAUUUGCGUUUCCACCUCUGGUGGCAUUUCCACCUGCAACGGUGACUCUGGCGGUCCAUUGGUCUUGAAAUCCAGCAAGGUUCAAAUUGGUUUGACUUCAUUCGGUUCCGCCAAUGGCUGUGAAAAGAGUCACCCAGCUGCUUUCACUCGUGUCACCAGCUAUUUGGAAUGGAUCAAGGAACACACUGGCAUCAACUAA